CCCGGAUCGGAGAGAGAGAAGCGUUAAAUUCUCCCAGUCGGUUUUACGAAAACAGUCUUUCGAGCGACAUGACAAAUACAACGCUCGAAGAUUUGGACAGAAACAUAACUUAUUGAAGGAUGGCAGAUUGAUAAAACAUCAAAUUGCACUCUUGAUUGUAUGCAUAUUAUUUAAAAGUUUCGGGUACAAUGUGGAAAUCCCGAUGAAGCGGAAAUCGUGAGCUAAAGUUGUGUUUACGGCGAAGGAGUGGCUCAUACUGUCUCCAGAAGGGUGAAGCUGUAGAAGAAUAGCUGAAGAGAGAGAGAGAAGAUGCCUCCUCCCCCGCCACCCCCUGCCCCUCCCCCACCCCCAACCUUCGCUGUGGCGAAUACACAGAAGCCGUCACUCAGCAAGAAUGAAUCACAAGGAAGAAACGCCUUGCUGUCUGAUAUCGGCAAAGGUGCUCGUCUGAAGAAGGCUGUCACCAAUGACCGGAGUCAACCCGCCAUUGACAAACCCAAAGGUGGAGGAGGUGGUGGUGGUGGAGGAGGUGGUGGUGGUGGAGGAGGAGGAGGAGGAGGAGGAGGAGGAGGUGGAGGAGGUGGAGGAGGUCCAGUACUAGGAGGUCUCUUUGCAGGAGGCAUGCCCAAGCUUCGGUCUUCAGGAGGGAACAGCAACGGAGGCCCUAGGCCCCCCAUGGUACCUCUAGGAGGCCGUUCCUCAGGCCCCAGACCGUUUGGUGGUGGGGGCCCCUCCGCUGGCCCUCCACGGUUCUCAGGGGCCCCAGCCUUUCCCCGGAGCAGCGCCCCCGACCUCCCCAGGGGACGGGCAGGCCCCCCGCGACCAGAGACCCCUGGCGGACCCCCUCCCCCCGUCCCCAACACCCCACGGCCCAACCAGAGCCGAGGGACCCCGCCUGUUCCAGGAGGAGCCCGGAUCCCCAGCUCAGCUCCGGCCCCUCCUCCACCCAACCUUGCAGGCAGACACCAAGGCCUGCCCCCUCCCCCUGGCCCUAUAGGGGCCCCGUCUGGGCCAAAACCCUCCUUUGGGGCCCCUCCGGUUCCCAGUAGUGGACGUCCCACUCAACCCCCAGCCCCCCACCCUGGCAGACCCUCAGAGGACCCCUUGCCCCCACCCCCACCCCUGGGGGGCCACCGGUCCUCCAUAUCCAGAGAUGGACCCCCACAGCCACCAUCUUUCAACUCCAAGCCCCCCAGCUCGUCUUCCUCUCGGCCCUCCAUCGGCGGUGGUGGAGCUCCCCCUCUUCCUCCUGGCAGACCGGGCCCUCCACUGCUGCCCCCAACGCCUGCGUUAGGAGACACCCCCAGACUACCACAGAGGAACCUUUCACUCAACUCGCCGGCACCCCCACCUGGCCGUUCAGGGCCACUGCCACCCCCUCCCAGUGAGAGGCCGCCCCCCCUGGGUAGAAACCCCUCAGGACGGACGGGCCCGCUCCCUCCUCCUCCUCCCUCCUCAGGUCCACGUGGAGGCAGUAUAAGGUCAUCUCCAGUCCCCUCACCUCCUAACCGCCCGGGAGCAGAGCCCUCCCGUGGGGGACACCGGCCCCCGCUCCCCCCAGACCGACCGGGAAUAGGAGGCCCUCCUCCCCCACCUCCAACCAUGGGCAACGGCUUCCAGAACUCCCAUCCCCAACACGUUGAUGAGUGGGAGUCCCGGUUCCAGUUUCACCCUGUCUCAGACCUCCCUGUCCCAGAGCCUUACAUCUCCUGUCAGAAGACAUACCCCAGCAAGUUGUCCAAGACUGACGGCAUAGGUUCGGAUAAAAAGUUCAGGGGUGCGCCCCCACUACCCCCUAUCCCCAGGUAAAGGGGUCGUUUUUGGGAUGUCUUCCCUCCCUCCCUCCCUCCCUCAGAGUACAUGGAUGUAAGUAUGUCACUCCCACUGCCUCUGUCUAUGAGGCUUAUUACACCUCAUGGAUGGACCAUAUUUGCAGUGGGACUCACGCAACCAUGUGUUUCUGCCUGGAGUUGACAAAAUAUUCUCAUUUAACGAACAGCACCCCAAACCAACCAAAGUGGCAACAGAGGCUCGUUUUAUAGGCUAUGCAUUUGGUUUUGCUCCACUAUGUAGUGUUGAAACUGUAUACUUUUGUUAUCAUUUUUCACUGUGCCUUUUUUUUCUAUUCUGGAUUGUUAUGAAGGAUCUUUAUGAGACUUAAGUGAAGCAUGUUAUGAAGGAUCUUUAUGAGACUUAAGGGAAACAUGUUAUGAAGGAUCUUUAUGAGACUUAAGGGAAACAUGUUAUGAAGGAUCUUUAUGAGACUUAAGGGAAGCAUGUUAUGAAGGAUCUUUGAGACUUAAGGGAAACAUGUUAUGAAGGAUCUUUAUGAGACUUAAGGGAAACAGUCGUGUUGGAUGUUGUGCCUGUCUUCGCCAAAGGGCAACCGAACUAUAGCAUAUCAGUUACAUUGUUCUAACCAUCAAAGGGUACUUUUCCAUACAAUCCAUGUGCAGUUCAUAGCAUGUUGUGAACUUUGUUUUUACACAGUAGAGACAAAAUGGACGCUUGUGUGUUACAGUAUGCGUUGAUUGAACUUUAGGUGAAAAUGUAAUGUUUUCUUUUUGCUUUGAUAGAUAGAAAAACAUCCCUCAUGACAGCUGUUAGUUUAAUUUUGUAUGAUUUGAGUUGUUGGGAAGGACUCUUUGUUCUUAUUUUCUAAGUUAUGUAUUUGACCAUUUUUUACUCUACAGUUACAGUAUUAUCUUCUGCUUCUGUACUACUGCUCUGGGAUCUCUCCGCUACUUGAUAUUAACAUCAAGCUGGUCUCAGAACCACUUGCAGAGUGACAGUCCAAUAUUUGACCUAUGAAAGUAAAUCAAUAAAAUGUAUUAAAAUGUUAUACAUGGUCCUGAAGUUAAGAUAGGAAUGAGCUUACUCAUAGUGUGUUUAAUGUAUGCAAGGAGGAUAUGAAUAUGGAUCAAAAUAUGCUGGCUGUAUACUGGUGUGAGAGAAAGUGCUAUGUCAGUGUUUUCUCUGUUCUGUAAAGAAGAUAAUAUGCAUUUCUGAAUAGAGAAUGGGGGGAAUGGCAUGAGCAUGUGUGUUUGACCAAAGACAAUCGGCUGCACUAGGACGUAGUCUCAUCCCACAGAGGCAGUGUCUCAGAUACAACUUGCAUUGGAGGCUACCUGGGACCAAACAGCCAGAAACAUCCUGCAGAAAUGGAACGUUUCAAAAAGAGGACCAUUAAAGUUGUGUGUUAGUUCCUCCUCAGGUGACAGACAUAAUGAAUGACAUUCCUCAUGGGGACAUUUUUCUUUCAGUCUUCUUUCAGAAUUUAUUCUGUCUCUUGUUCCCUGGUUAUCUCUGUUAACCCAGAAGUAAAAUAUAGCGUCGUUUGGUCAGCGACACGCAGAAACUGCCCAUGGGAGAUUAGUUCCCUAUGACAUUUACAAUGGUACUGCAGAGUGCUUUAUGCACUUUGGCUUCAAGGGAACUUAUAUAUAUAUAUUUUUUUAUGCAUUCAACUGCAUUUGUUUCUGCCUUUUGAGUGUAUUUUCUUCCUGAUGCUUUUCAAUGUAAAACAAAGCAAACUAUUUCCAAAUGGAUUUUCUAAAUAAAGCAAAUAAAGUUGGAAUUGA